CCGCAUGCCCCACAUCUCCCCACACGGCCGAUUACUUACCGUGGGAUCAUGUUUACCUUGGUAGUUCUAGCAGCUGCGGGGUUUCUUGCCUUUCUAUUUCAACGCAGUUACUUCUUCCAGGAUGUUCAACACCUGCUCAUAAGAUGGAAAAUCAGGCAACGUGUCCUGACAUUCAUGCAGAAAAAUUACACCAUAGCGGACCAGUUUGCAGACACUGUGAAGGCGCAUCCACACAAGCCCUACCUGCGUUAUAAAGACGAGACGUUUACCUACCUGGACGCAGAUGAACUCAGUAACAGAGCUGCGAGAGUCCUGCAGCAGAGCGGACGCGUCAAAGGAGGAGACACUGUCGCGUUGUUCCUGGGGAAUGAGCCUCUGUACUUGUGGCUCUUUCUUGGUUUGCUGAAGCUCGGAUGUCCCGCUGCGUUGCUCAACUGCAACAUCAGAGCCAAUUCCUUUUUGCACUGCUUCAAAUGCAGCGGAGCCAAAACUCUGGUCGCUGCAGAAGAGUUACAGGAUGCCGUGGAGGAGGUCCUGCCCAGUCUGUUGGAGCAGCAGGUCACUGUUUUCAUCCUGGCAGACAGAUGCAGGAUCGCAGACGCGGAGAGCUUCAAAGACAAAAUGAGCAAAGCCUCGUCGGAGCCUCUGCCUAAAGACUUAAGGUCACAUGUAACCAUGCGGAGUGCAGCAGGCUACAUCUACACAUCAGGGACAACAGGUCUCCCUAAAGCAGCAAUGGUCAGUCACACCAAAGUGUGGCUGUACAGUUUGAUGCAGUAUAUGUCAGGAGUGAAAUCCACCGACGUGAUCUACACGACCCUCCCUCUAUAUCACACUGCUGGUCUCAUUGGAGCUAUUGGAGCCAUUGAGCGGGGUAUCACGGUGGUUUUGAGGACUAAAUUUUCUUCAUCGCAGUUCUGGGACGACUGCAGAAAAUAUAACGUCACAGUCAUACAGUACAUCGGUGAAAUCAUGCGUUACCUCUGUAACACACCAAAGAAACCCAAUGAUAAAGUCCACAAAGUGAGACUCGCCAUAGGCAACGGGAUGAGGCCCGAUGUUUGGAGGGACUUCAUUAGCACCUUUGGAAACGUUGAAAUUAGAGAGUUUUAUGGAGCAACAGAAGGGAAUUUUUCCACGCUUAAUUACAGCGGCAAGAUGGGAGCUGUUGGGCGAGACACAUUUAUGCACAGGUGGUUGUUCAAGUAUGCUGUGAUCAAAUAUGACGUAGAUGAAGACAAGCCGGUGAGGGAUUCUUCUGGUUUCUGCGUCGAGGCUUCCAGAGGUGAACCUGGACUUCUGGUUUCUGAAAUCACAAUGAAGACGCCGUUCACGGGUUAUGCAGGAGACGUGCAGCAGACCGAGAACAAGAGGCUGCAUAACGUCUUCAGGACAGGAGACAUGUACUUUAACACCGGGGACCUGCUACGUGUUGAUGAAGACAAUUUCGUCUACUUUCAGGACCGAGUUGGGGACACUUUCAGAUGGAAAGGAGAGAACGUGGCUACAACUGAGGUUGCUGACGUCAUCACAAUGAUGGAGUGCAUUAAAGAGACAAACGUGUAUGGAGUUGAAGUGCCAGGUCAGGAGGGGAGAGUCGGGAUGGCUGCCAUUUCUUUAAGUGAUGGAAAGCACUUUGACUCCACAGGUGUUUUUAAACAUGUAAAAAAAUUCCUCCCGACCUACGCCAGGCCCCGUUUUAUGAGGAUUCAGAGUACUUUGGAUGUUACAGGCACGUUCAAGCAUAUGAAGACGAAGCUGGUGCAGGAUGGUUUCAACCCAAAUCAAAUAACAGCUCCACUCUACUUUAUGGAUGAAGAAGUCAAAGAUUACAUCCCACUAACGCAGGACUUGUUCGAUUCCGUCAUGUCAGGGAAAAUCAAAAUUUAGAGCGACUUUCUUUAUUUUUAUAUGUAGUGAAAAAAAAAUAUUUUUUUAUAAAAUAUAUGUAUAUGACCCACCUGUGGUUUUCAGCACAUUUGAGAGGUGGUUUAUAACAAAUGUUGUGAUCUAUUCUUAAGGUUUUUGUUGUAUUUCUGCUUCUGCAAUAAUUUCAUAAAUAUCCCUGGAUGACUCUUAUUCUCCUCCUGAGAACAUGUUUGAACUCAUUGGACCUGAUUAUGAGACUGACUAAUGAAAAUGUACACACACACAUGUACACACCACACAGGUUCAGUGAUACUUUUACUUACAGCAAGAAAUCAAGUUUUUCAAGUUGAGUGCAUGAACCUGUUUAAACUUCAGUGCAUUUAUGUUCUGGUCUGUGGAAGCUUUAGUCACUAUGAGAACUGACAUCUCUGCCUUGUGUUCAUGAUGGGUUUUUUUUGUGUAAUUGUUGCAAA